AUGGCAGAGCAAUCAGAUAAGCUUCCCAUGACAACUCUGGCCUUCGCGGACAUGACAAAGGCGCGCGCGCGGGGACCGGACCAAGGCGCGCGCGCGGACCGGACCAAGGAGCGCGAGCGCGGAGCGGACCCAGGCGCGCGCGCGGACCGGACCAAGGCGCGCGCGCGCGGACCGGACCAAGGCGCGCGCGCGCGCGGACCGGACCAAGGCGCGCGUGCGCGGACCAGACCAAGGCGCGCGCGCGGGCCGGACCAAGGCGCGCGCGCGGGCCGGACCAAGACGCGCGCGCGCAGACCGGACCAAGGCGCGCAGACCAACUUAGGCGCGGACCGGACCAAGGCGCGCGCGUGCGGACCGGACCAAGGCGCGCGCGCGCAGACCGGACCAAGGCGCGCGCGCGCGGACCGGAACAAGGCGCGCGCGCGGACCGAACCAAGGCGCGCGCGCGCGGACCGGACCAAGGCGCGCGGGCGCGGACCGGACCAAGGCGCGCGCGCGGACUGGACCAAGGCGCGAGCGCGGACCGGAGCAAGGCGCGCGCGCACGGGCCGGAGCAAGGUGCGCGCGCGCGGACCGGACCAAGGCGCGCGCGCGGGGGCUGGACCAAGGAACGCGCGCGGGCCGGACCAAGGCGCGCGCGCGGGGGCGGACCAAGGCGCGCGCGCGGGCCGGACCAAGGUGCGCGCGCAGACCGGACCAAGGCGCGCGCGCGUGGACCGGACCAAGGCGCGCGCGCGCGGACCAGACCAAGCGCGCCCGCGCGGACCGGACCAAGGCGCGCGCGCGCGGACCGGACCAAGGCGCGCGCGCGAGCCGGACCAAGUCGCGCGCGCGGACCGGACCAAGGCGCGCGCGCGGACCGGACCAAGGCGCGCGCGCGGACCGGACCAAGGCGCGCGCGCCGACCGGACCAAGGCGCACGCGCGCGGACCGGACCAAGGCGCGCGCGCGUGGACCGGACCAAGGCGCGCACGCGGGCCGGACCAAGGCGCGCGCGCGGAUCAGACCGCGCGCGCGGACCGGACCAAGGCGCGCGCGCGCGUACCGGACCAAGGCGCACCGGACCAAGGCGCGUGCGCGCGGACCGGACCAAAGCGCGCGCGCGCGGAGCGGACCAAGGCGCGCGCGCAGAAACCAAGGCGUGCGCGCGGGCUGGACCAAGGCGCGCAAGCGCGGACCGGACCAAGGCGCGCGCUCGGACCAGACCAAGGCGCGCUCGCGGGCCGGACCAAGGCGCGCGCGCGGGCUGGACCUAGGCGCGCGCGCGCGGACCGGACCAGGCGCGCGCGCGCGGACUGGACCAAGGCGCGCGCGCGGACCGGACCAAGGCGCGCGCGCGUGGACCGGAACAAGGCGCGCGCGGACCGGAACAAGGCGCGCGCGCGCGGACUGGACCAAGGCGCGCGCCCGCGGACCGGACCAAGGCGCGCGGGUGCGGACCGGACCAAGGCGCGCGCGCGCGGACCGAACAAGGGCGCGCGCGCGGACCGGACCAAGGCGCGCACGCGCGGACCGGACCAACGCGCGCGUGCGGGCCGGACGAAGGCGCGCGCGCGGACCGGAUUAAGGCGCGCGCCCGGACCGGACCAAGGCGCGCUCGCGGACCGGACCAAGGCGCGCACGUGCAGACCGGACAAAGGCGCGCGCGGACCGGACCAAGGCGAGCCGCGCGCGGACCGAACCAAGGCGCGCGCGCGCGCGGACCGGACCAAGGCGCGCGCGCGCGGACCAGACAAAGGCGCGCGCGCGGACCGGACCAAGGCGCGCGCGCGGGGGCCGGACCAUGGCGCGCGCGCGGACCGGACCAAGGCGCGCGUGCACGGACCGGACCAAGGCGCGCGCGCGCGCGGACCGGACCAAAGCACGCGCGCGCGGACCGGACCAAGGCGAGCACGCGCGGACCGGACCAAGGCGCGCGCGCGCGGACCGGACCAAGGCGCGCGCGCGCGGACCGGACCAAGGCGCGCGCAGAGGGGCGGGACCAAAGCGCGCGCGCGCGGACAGGACCAAGGCGCGCGCGUGCGGAUCGGACCAAGGCGCGCGCGCGGACCGGACCAAGGCGCGCGCGCGGGGGCCGGACCAAGAUGUGCGCGGGGACCGGACCAAGGCGCGCGCGCGCGGACUGGACCAAAGCGCGUGCGCGCGGACCGGACCAAGGCGCGCGCGCGCGGACCGGACCAAAGCGCGCGCGCGCGGAGCAGACCAAGGCGCGCGCGCAGAAACCAAGGCGUGCCCGCGGGCUGGACCAAGGCGCGCAAGCGCGGACCGGACCAAGGCGCGCGCUCGGACCGGACCAAGGCGCGCUCGCGGACCGGACCAAGGCGCGCGCGCGGGCUGGACCUAGGCGCGCGCGCGCGGACCGGACCAGGCGUGCGCGCGCGGACCGGACCAAGGCGCGCGCGCGCGGACCGGAACAAGGCGCGCGCGCGCGGACUGGACCCAGGCGCGCGCCCGCGGACCGGACCAAGGCGCGCGGGUGCGGACCGGACCAAGGCGCGCGCGCGCGGACCGGACAAGGGCGCGCGCGCGGACCGGACCAAGGCGCGCACGCGCGGACCGGACCAACGCGCGCGUGAGGGCCGGACGAAGGCGCGCGCACGGACCGGAUUAAGGUGCGCGCCCAGACCGGACCAAGGCGCGCUCGCGGACCGGACCAAGGCGCGCGCGUGCGGACCGGACAAAGGCGCGCGCGGACCGGACCAAGGCGAGCGCGCGCGGACCGGACCAAGGCGCGCGCGCGCGGACCGGACCAAGGCGCGCGCGCGCGGACCAGACAAAGGCGUGCGCGCGGACCGGACCAAGGCGCGCGCGUGGGGGCCGGACCAUGGCGCGCGCGCGGACCGGACCAAGGCGCGCGUGCACGGACCGGACAAAGGCGCGCGCGCGCGGACCGGACCAAAGCAUGCGCGCGCGGACCGGACCAAGGCGAGAACGCGCGGACCGGACCAAGGCGCGCGCGCGCGGACCGGACCAAGGCGCGCGCGCGCGGACCGGACAAAGGCGCGCGCGCAGGGGCGGGACAUAGGCGCGCGCGCGCGCGCGGACAGGACCAAGGCGCGCGCGCGCGGAUCGGACCAAGGCGCGCGCGUGCGGACCGGACCAAGGCGCGCGCGCGCAGACCGGACCAAGGCACGCGCGCGCGGACCGGAACAAGGCGCGCGCGCGGACCGAACCAAGGCGCGCGCGCGCGGACCGGACCAAGGCGCGCGGGCGCGGACCGGACCAAGGCGCGCGCGCGGACUGGACCAAGGCGCGAGCGCGGACCGGAGCAAGGCGCGCGCGCGCGGGCCGGAGCAAAGUGCGCGCGCGCGGACUGGAGCAAGGCGCGCGCGCGCGCUGUCCGGACCAAGGCGCGCGCGCGGGGACCGGACCAAGGCGCGCGCGCGCGGACCGGACCAAGGCGCGCGCGCGGGGAAUGGACCAAGGAACGCGCGCGGGCCGGACCAAGGCGCGCGCGCGGGGGCGGACCAAGGCGCGCGCGCGGGCCGGACCAAGGUGCGCGCGCAGACCGGUCCAAGGCGCGCGCGCGUGGACCGGACCAAGGCGCGCGCGCGCGCGGACCAGACCAAGCGCGCCCGCGCGGACCGGACCAAGGCGCGAGCGCGCGGACCGGACCAAGGCGCGCGCGCGAGCCGGACCAAGGCGCGCGCGCGGACCGGACCAAGGCGCGCGCGCGGACCGGACCAAGGCGCGCGCGCGGACCGGACCAGGGCGCGCGCGCCGACCGGACCAAGGCGCACGCGCGCGGACCGGACCAAGGCGCGCGCGCGCGCGGACCGGACCAAGGCGCGCACGCGGGCCGGACCAAGGCGCGCGCGCAAAUCAGACCGCGCGCGCGGACCGGACCAAGGCGCGCGCGCGCGUACCGGACCAAGGCGCGUGCGCUUUGACCAAGGCGCAUGCGCGGGGGCCGGACCAUGGCGCGCGCGCGGACCGAACCAAGGCGCGCGCGCGCCGACCGGACCAAGGCGCGCGCGCGCGGACCGAACCAAAGCACGCGCGCGCGGACCGGACCAAGGCGAGCGCGCGCGGACCGGACCAAGGCGCGCGCGCGGACUGACUAAGGCGCGCGCGCGCGGACUGGACCAAGGCGCGCGCGCGGACCAGACCAAGGCGCGCGCGCGCGGACCGGACCAAAGGGCGCGCGCGCGGACCGGACAAAGACGCGCGCGCGCGGAUCGGACCAAAGCGUGCGCGCGCAAACCGGACAAAGGCGCGCGCGCGGAUCGGACCAAGGCGCGCGCGCGGGCCGGACCAAGGCGCGCAAGCGCGGACCGGACCAAGGCGCGCGCCCGGACCGGACCAAGGCGCGCUCGCGGACCGGACCAAGGCGCGCGCGCGGGGACUGGACCAAGGCGCGCGCGCGGACCGGACCAAGGUGCGCGCGCGGGCCGGAUUAAGGCGCCCGCACGGGCUGGACCAAGGCGCGCACGCGCGGACCGGACCAAGGUGCGCGCGCGGACCGGACCAAGGCGCGCGCGCGGGGGCCGGACCAAGACGCGCCCGGGGACCGGACCAAGGCGCGCGCGCGCGCGGACCGGACCAAAGCGUGUGCGCGCAGACCGGACCAAGGCGGGCGCGCGCGGACCGGACCAAAGCGCGCGCGCGCGGAGCGGACCAAGGCGCGCGCGCAGAAACCAAGGCGUGCGCGCGGGCUGGACCAAGGCGCGCAAGCGCGGACCGGACCAAGGCGCGCGCUCGGACCGGACCAAGGCGCGCUCGCGGACCGGACCAAGGCGCGCGCGCGGGCUGGACCUAGGCGCGCGCGCGCGGACCGGACCAGGCGCGCGCGCGCGGACUGGACCAAGGCGCGCGCGCGGACCGGACCAAGGCGCGCGCGCGUGGACCGGAACAAGGCGCGCGCGGACCGGAACAAGGCGCGCGCGCGCGCGGACUGGACCAAGGCGCGCGCCCGCGGACCGGACCAAGGCGCGCGGGUGCGGACCGGACCAAGGCGCGCGCGCGCGCGGACCGGACAAGGGCGCGCGCGCGGACCGGACCAAGGCGCGCACGCGCGGACCGGACCAACGUGCGCGUGCGGGCCGGACGAAGGCGCGCGCGCGGACCGGAUUAAGGCGCGCGCCCGGACCGGACCAAGGCGCGCUCGCGGACCGGACCAAGGCGCGCACGUGCAGACCGGACAAAGGCGCGCGCGGACCGGACCAAGGCGAGCGCGCGCGGACCGAACCAAGGCGCGCGCGCGCGGACCGGACCAAGGCGCGCGCGCGCGGACCAGACAAAGGCGCGCGCGCGGACCGGACCAAGGCGCGCGCGCGGGGGCCGGACCAUGGCGCGCGCGCGGACCGGACCAAGGCGCGCGUGCACGGACCGGACCAAGGCGCGCGCGCGCGGACCGGACCAAAGCACGCGCGCGCGGACCGGACCAAGGCGAGCACGCGCGGACCGGACCAAGGCGCGCGCGCGCGGACCGGACCAAGGCGCGCGCGCGCGGACCGGACCAAGGCGCGCGCAGAGGGGCGGGACCAAAACGCGCGCGCGCGGACAGGACCAAGGCGCGCGCGCGCGGAUCGGACCAAGGUGCGCGCGCAGACCGUACCAAGGCGCGCGCGCGGGCCGGACCAAGGCGCGCAAGCGCGGACCGGACCAAGGCGCGCGCGCGCGGACCGGACCAAGGCGCGCCCGCGGACCGGACCAAGGCGUGCGCGUGCGGACUGGACCAAGGCGCGCGCGCGGACCGGACCAAGGCGAGCGCGCGCGGACCGGACCAAAGCGCGCGCGCGCGCGGACCGGACCAAGGCGCGCGCGCUCGGACCGGACCAAGGCGCGCGCGCGGACCGGACCAAGGCGCGCGCGCGGGGGCCGGACCAUGGCGCGCGCGCGGACCGAACCAAGGCGCGCGCGCGCGGACCGGACCAAGGCGCGCGCGCGCGGACCGGACCAAAGCACGCGAUACGCUAG